AUGUCACAGUCUCAGCCACAGCCACAGGCACGGGCAAGCCCGUUGAUUCCGCGGCCAGUUCCAGCACGACCAAGAACCAAGAGCUUCUCAUUACCGAACGCACUGACACGUAUCAGCUCACCGGCGGCCAAAGGAAGUUGGAUCUUGGAUCGUGGAGACCAGUCUGAGGGCAAUGGCGACACCGCGACGCCGAGCGACUCCAACCGUUUCUUGGUGGCCGGCAUCGACAUCUUAGCGAACCCACAUCUUGAUCUGCCAGUUGUGCACGAGUCUCCGCUGAAGAACCGCAGAGAGGCUGUCUUUUUCAUGCGCUAUAUCGACACGUGCGACAAGAGAGCCCACUUCGGGACAGAGGUGCCCAAACGGGCACUGCGGUAUCCGCUCCUAGCCUAUGGCAUCCUGGCGUUCGCGUGCCAGCAUUCAGAGAUCACCACAGGCACGCAGGACACCGAGUCUGCAUCGUAUUACAACCAGGCACUCCGGCUACUCAUCCCCGAGCUGGAUCGGUCCGCCGACCACUUUGACGAGAAUGUCCUCGCCGGUAUCGUACUUUUACGUCUCUAUGAAGAGAGAUCGGGCCGGCCGAGCGGCAAAGACAUCACUGAGGGCCUAGUAGCUGAGGAACUGGACAUGGGUACGCAUCUGCUCGGGAGCUCUCGCGUGCUCAAGAACUUUACCCCGACGGAAUCGGGCGGCCUGGCGGAAGCAUGCUUCUGGAUUGUUUUGAGACAAGACAUGUUCAUUUCCCUCACCAGAUCCCAACCUCCAAGUGCGCCAUUAGAGAACAUCAUGGGUUCAAGCGCCUUCAGUGAAUGGGACCCCGAAUCCAUCGCCAACAGGAUGGUGUUUCUCUGCAGCAAAAUACUUUCCUUCGCCCUUGACCCCAACAAGAACACCCAGACCGCGUGGUGGGAUCAGCUCAAUUCAGAGGUCGACGCGUGGAACAAGUCUAAACCGUGGCAUUUCCAGGCUCUGUGGCUCGAGGAGCCAUCACAGAGCCAGAACGCCACCACUGCGUUCCCAAGGGUGCGGCUGGUGCGACAUGGCUAUGUCGCGGGAUACCAGCAUUAUCACAUGGCCAAGAUGCUUCUCGCCAUCUUCGACCCUCGGCUGUGCUCAAAUGGGUUUGAGACCUUCCGCCGGAGGCAGAGGGCCGAUAGGCUAGCACUCGCUCACCUGCGCACCCUCAUAGGAAUCUCAAUAAGUAAUCCGGAGGUCAUCAAUUCCAGGUUUACAGCGACUCAUUGUAUCCAGGCUUGUGGGUCUUGCUUGAGGGAUCCGCGUGAGCGGGAGGAGGUAGUCGUAUUUCUGGAGGAGAUGGAACAGGUUUCCGGUUGGCGGUGUCAAUACGUGAUCAAGAAGCUGAGGGAGGAGUGGUCACAAGACUAUAUUAAUCAUUGA